AUGACCAGGCAGAGGCGCUGGCGGUCAGGCACCGCGGCCAGGCGCCCAGGCGGGUCGCGCCGCCGCCCCAAGGCGCGGGGCCCGACUCCUCCCCGAGCGAUUACCCCGGCGACUCACUCCGGUGUCGAGCUCGGAGUCGCACUGCGUUCCUGCGGCCACUCCCGACCAGGAAACCUCACCCGGACGUGCCUGGCCCGGCGUAAACUACCAGCCUGGCCCAAGCUACUUACUGCGGCUCAGUGGGGCCCCGGGGCCGCGGCUGCCCGGCUCCGGGCGCGCUGGGGCUCACUCCCCGACGACCGUCCGGCGCGCGCUCGCCUGGCCCAGCCAGCCGGAGCUGUCCGGCCCGGCCCCGCCGGCCGCGCUGGACCCGAGGGCAGCCCCUUUCGGAGAUCGGCCUCCCAGCCGAAAAAACCAAAGGUGUAUCAAGGUGUCCGGGUGAAGAUCACGGUGAAGGAGAUGCUGCAGCAGAGAAGGGCUCACCAGGCAGCCUCAGGGGGAACACUGUCCGGAGGGAACAGUGUCCACCUUUCAGAUCCAGUCACGCCACCUUCUUCAGGUCAGUACAUCUAUUUUGAACCUGAUUCGAGUUCUUCCACACCUAAUUGCUUUCAACCCCAAGAAUUUUCCAGUUGUGUUUCUUGUGAAGAAAACCCAAGCUGCCUUGACCAGAUCUUGGAUUCCUACCUUCAGACAGAGACACACCCGGACCCUUUCCUCAACUCCAUGCAAAGUGCUCCACACUAUUUCCAGGACAGCUUUCAGGCUGCCCCCUUCUGCUUUAACCAGAGCCUGACCCCAGGUUCACCUUCAGAUACCUCCACUCUCUCUGGCUCCUUAGACCACAGUUACUCGCCGGUACAUCUACCUUCAUAUGCUGCGGAGAAUUACAAUUCUUCUCCUUCUCUGGACGCCAGAAACUGCGGCUAUCCAUCAGAAGACUACUCCUACCCUCACUUGCCCUCGUACGCCCAGUACGACUGCUUCUUCCCAGCCCCUACCUCAGGCUGCUACUGUGUGUCCUGUGAGGCAGAGCACUUGGCCACCAUCAGAACAUCAGAGUAUUUUUCCUAUCCUAGCACAGACUGUGUGAACUUUGAUCCCAUGGCAGCAGCAACUAGUGAUUUCUAUAUGAAGGAAACAAACUUUGAUAUCUGCUAUAGUUCAUAG